GUUGCGGACAGACCGACCACACCAAGCGGGGUAAAGGUUCAAUUUGCUAGGCGCUGUUGUUAACAACUAUUCGGUAAAUCAUGGCCAAGGACAUGUUUCUCUUCUGGGGCUCUGGAUCUCCUCCGUGUUGGAGGAUCAUGAUUGCGCUGGAGGAGAAAAACCUGCCCGGUUAUCAGCACAAGCUGCUGUCUUUUGAGAAGGGGGAGCACAAGUCGCAGGAAGUUCUGGAUGUCAACCCGAGGGGACAGCUGCCUGCAUUCCGACAUGGUCCCAAUGCGAUAAACGAGUCGGUUGCAGCCUGCAUGUACUUGGAGGACCAGUUUAAGUCGCAGGGGGCUCCCCUGAUCCCCAGUGAUGCUGCAGAGAAGGCCCUGGCCUACCAACGCUCCAUAGAGGCCCUCACGGUGCACCAGAAGAUAGUGGAUGUCGUGACGUACACCAGGCGUGUUCCUGAGGAGGAGAGACAUGAUGCGGCCGUGAAGAGGAACAUCGAGGGGCUGAGGACCGAGUUUGGAGUGUGGGAGGGAUACCUGCACAAGACGGGUCCGUACAUCGCUGGCAAGACCUUCUCCAUAGCUGACGUUGUGUUCUUCCCCACCUUGGCUCUUGCAUUCCACAUUGGGAUGCAGCACGAGAAGUUUCCCAAGCUGACGUCCUACUACAACUUGCUGAAGGAGCGGCCCAGUAUCAAGAAGACCUGGCCCGAACACUGGCUAACCAGCCCCCCGACCUUCAACCACCUCAAGGACGUCUAAGACCCAGAGGCUCCUGGGGGUUUCUACAGUGAAAGAAUUAAACGCUUCUAGAGCAGUGAUUCCCAACAUUUUUUGAUCAAACCCCCCCUUGACCUCAUCAUAAGCCUCCCAACGCUCCCUUGACCUCAUCCUGCUAACGCAUUGGUAGACUAAUGCUCCCCAGUGGCAACUAACCCUCUCAGCUGUAUCCCUCUCGACGGCCCCCUAGGGCUCCCCAACGCACCCUGUUGGGGCUGUAGCGCCCCCGUUGAGAAACACUAUUCGAGAGGAACCUCUGGGUUCUGCCCAGGGGUGCAUUUCUCGAAACCAAAGUUGCUUACUACAUUAGAUACUUUGUUGUUUUCAAUGCAUUUUCCCAUUGGCAACUACCGAAGUUGCUAACAGGCUAACAACUUCUCUUUUGAGAAAUGCACCCCAGAACGUUUAGGUUACUUUGAGAACUUUUAGCUCCCCCCCUGUGGCAACUGAAGGCUCUAGGUUCUUGUAGGAACUUUGCUUUACUUUUUUCCAGUGUAGGGUACUGUAGAUGAGGCAGCUUCUCCAAUGGGACUAACAUUGUCAUAAUCAGAGAGGAAAAUUACAGUGAAGUGAUCAACAGCAUUUUCUAAUGAAAGCAAACCUUUUCGGGUGCCCUUGCCUUACAUGUAUUUUUGCACAUUUUUAUAUACAAUUGUCAUCAUGAAUUCCAGGAAGUUGUACUACGCAGGACUGUGUUUAUGAAUUGUAAAACAGCAUUGAUCGAUGUAUACUGCUUAUUGCUUAAUUUGCUGUGUACAUGCAGUGUGCUAAUAAAAGAAAUAGCAUCAGCAAUG